AUGCCUUACCUACCGACCUCCCAGGCCUUCCUGGAACAAUCCGCCGAAUUAUUACAAGCAUAUCCAGCCACUCGGAUAGUAACGAAAUACAACUUCCCAACAACGAGGCCCGGCAACGCCAAGCGAAUCCAAAAAUCGCAAGCCAAAAAGACCGACACCACACCCAGUGCACCAAUCGCAACUCUUACAGUGAGGACUUUCAACCCAGCUACGGGUAUCUGUUUGCAAUACCGCACGAACAAAGCACAGGAGGUCUCUCGGUUGAUCACGAGUCUUGGGAAAUUGGCCGCCGGAGCCGAUGUGGCGGGGCUGGGGUUGUCUGCGCCCGCUCCAGUUGAUGUUGAGAUGGUGGAUGCUCCGGCUGUGGAGGAACCGAAGCAGCAGCCACCGCAGCAAGCUCAGGGAGGAAAGGGGAAGAAGAAAGGUGGGAAGGGAAAGCGAUAG